GUACGGAGGUGGCUGACGGCAUGCCUUGAGGGUCAUGAUGAGUGUUCAAACUGGAGAUCGAUAUUGGUCGACACGUACAACUAUCAGCAUAAAAUCCGUUUUAUCGACGUCGGGACCGUGGAAGAACCGAUUUUCAGAUUGGUCGAUGGCCAAUCCCUCGUCAAUAGGACAGGUGGCAUCCAAUACGUCACUCUCAGCUAUCGUUGGACGGCCGAAACGGAGAUUACCAGCAUGAAGAGCUACAACAAAGCCAGUUAUCAAGACUCAAUCCCGACCUACAGGUUACCUCAAGUCUAUAAGGACGCUGCUGCAGUUGCUCGCGCCCUAGGUGUUCGCUAUGUUUGGAUCUAUUCCCUCUGCAUCAUUCAAGACUCACCAGAGGACUGGAACGAACAAUCAUCCAUGAUG